AACUUGGAAAUACACAAGAGAACAAAUGAGAAAGUUUUUCUCGCAUUCGUGCGUUGUGUCACUUAAACCCCGUUGAAAAAACCCUGACUGGCUCUUGGAGGCCGCAACAAAUAGCCGCAACAAUAGCCGCUGCGUUACUGUAAAUCACGUCAGAGGCUUCCAUCGAGGAAAUCGUGUCGUGUGUGUCUACGGCCGUCCUGGAUGAUGAAGUGUCGCGAGUGUGAGUGAAAGUCCUGGAAGAACAAUCUGUAGAGCAAAAGAGUGAGAGAUAGAUAUAACUUACGAGCGAAAUCCUGUGAGAGUUCCACGGUCAAUCGACCUCUCGCCAUGGUGGAAAUCCCACAGCUCUUGAGCUCCUCCACUCCGGAGCUCUACCUCAAGUUGGCCGUCGCGGGAUCGCUCCUAGUGCUGCUGCUACUUCUCUUGAAUCUCCCUUCUUCCAGAGGAGCCAGGAGGAAAUCCUCGUCCAGUUCUAGUAGCUCCGGCUCUAGUUCUUCGAGCUCGCCUCCUCUUCCUCCCGGGCCGAGAGGAUGGCCAAUCAUCGGCAAUCUCCUCGACGUAGGCACCGUCCCCCACGAAGGGAUGAUGAAGCUCACGCGGGCUUACGGCCCUCUCGUCUAUCUCCGCCUCGGCGCCAUCCCCCACGUCGUCUCGGACGAUCCCGCGAUCAUCAAGGAGUUCCUCAAGAUCCAGGACCACAUCUUCGCGUCGCGCCCCGGCAAUGUGAUCCUCGCGGAGCUCCUCACCUAUGGCGGCAAGGACAUCGGCUUCGCUCCCUACGGCGCCCACUGGAGGAACAUGCGCAAGAUUUGCACGCUGGAGCUCUUCUCCGCCAAGAGCGUGGAUAGCUUCCAGCGCCUGCGCAGGAUGGAGAUGAUCCACACCCUGGGGCUCAUACUCGACGCGGCCGUGGAUCGCCGGGCGGUGGACCUCCGCGACGCUUUCAAUGGGCUGACGAGCAACAUGAUGACGCGGAUGCUCCUGGGCAAGCGCUACUUCGGGCCUGGCGAUCCGGGGCCCGAGGUGGGCGCGGAGCUCAAGGCGAUGAUCGCCGAGGGGAUCUUGAUGAUGAACGGCUUCAACAUCUCGGAUUAUCUGCCCUUCCUGCGAUUCUUGGAUCUCCAGGGGCAGGAGCGGCGGAUGAAACAGAUCAUGCGGCACAUUGAUGGCCUCGCCACGGCGCUGCUGCUGGAACUGGCGCCGCGCAUUGGCAAGAAGCCGGAGAGCUUCGUCGAUAUCCUUGUCAAUCUGCGCGGCGAGAAUGGCGAGCCGCAUCUCCCCGAGGAUGUGAUGAAGGCCGUCAUGGUGGAUAUGAUGGCCGCAGGUACGGACACCCCGGGCGUGUCGUGCGAAUGGGCCAUGGCCGAGCUCCUCCGCGACCCGGCCCUCCUGGCCAGGGUCCGAGAAGAGGUUGACCGGGUCGUCUGCGUUGACCGUCUCGUUGACGAGUCCGACCUCGCCCACUUCCGGCUCCUCCGCGCGGUGCUCAAGGAGUCCUUCCGCCUCCACCCGGUGGGCGCGAUCCUCAUCCCCCACCUCGCCAUGGAGGACGCGGUCGUGGCGGGCUACGGGAUCCCCAAGGACACGCGCGUGCUCAUCAACGUCUUCGCGCUCAAUCGCAACGCCCAGGUGUGGGAGAGGCCGCACGAAUUCGAUCCGGAGCGGCACUUGCGAGGGCUGGGCGAGGGCGCCGUGGUGGAAUUCGGCGAUCCCGAGUGCCGGCUCAUCCCAUUCGGAUCCGGGCGCCGGAUGUGCCCGGCGGCGUCGCUGGGGCUCACUAUGGUGCUCCUCGCGCUCGCCAAUCUCGUGCACGCCUUCGAUUGGGAGGUGCCUGCGAAUCUCAGCAUGGAGCGCGCGCCCGGGAAGAUGGUGAAGGCUCAGGCGCUCACCGCGCUCGCUAGGCCCAGGCUGCCACGUCACCUGUACAGUCAGCAGAUCUAGCUGCCAAGUAAUGUAUAUUGCCACGUGUUAUGUCCAGCUGUACUCAUCCGUUUUAAUUUAAAAAGUUCCAUUUUAGGGUU